AUGAGUUCAAAUAAUAAUAAUAACAAAUUUUUAAUAGUUCUACUUUUAACAAUAUUUCUAUUGUCAUUGUCGGUAAACGCAUGUGAAAAAGCUUGUAGAGUUGGUAUUUCAACAUCGUUUUCAAACGCGUAUAAGAAAGAAUUGAAGAUUUUCUUUGACGAAUUAGCGAGUGGCAUCAACAUUUAUUUAUUUGAUAAUGCUGAUCCAUCGACCUUUACAAAUAAUCCCGACACCAACUCUGAGCAGUUUAAAACAGAUAUUAGAACAGCGAUUGAUUCAGAGGUUUCACAUCUUUACGAUAAUUCAACUAGCACAUUUCCGGAUAUGAUUGAGGAUGCAAUUUUUGAACAAGAACCAAAAUUUAAAGGUCAAUGUCAACAUCCAUACAGAGUGGAUCAACCACCAGAUGGUGUUAGAUGGAAAGAUGAAGAUUGUGUUAAAAUGGAUUAUAUUUGUGGUAAUCCACCUUCAAUCUGCCAUCAUAUGGAUUCAAUUGUCAAGCCAAGAAAUGUUUUGAAUGUAAGAAAUCUAAUUGAAAGUGAUUGUUUGACUGCUGGACCUUUUGAAAAUGACUUGGUGGAUACUGUUAUCAGUGCUUCAAGAGCUAAAGGUUUUUCAAGUACAAGUUCCCAAAAAUUUGGUGAGGCCACAAGAAAAAACAUCAGAACUCAACUUCAAACUUUUGCUAAAGAUGUUGAAACAAACUUUUGUUCAAACAAUAAUUGUGAACAAUAUGACACUCAAAUUAAACAUGAAUUAUUAGGUUAUCCUUAA